GUUGGUGGGUUUGGUAACAUCAGCACCAUGGUGGACAACAGCACCAGCAGCAGCAGCACCUCGGUGGAUGUGAUCCGAGAAGGCGACACGGUGGUGUGCUACACGAGCGACGACCGCGUGUUCUUCCAAGAGAUCCUGCCCAGGAUGGUCAUUCGCAUCGGCAAGUCGCAAGUGUCGGUCAAGUGCGUGGAAGGGUUUCCAUUCGGCACGAUCUUCGAAGAGCAGGACAAGACCCUCGUGCCAGUGGAAGGCGGGCUGUUCCCCGACCCUGUGGCGCCGGAAGUGGGCGACUUCGAAGUGCCCACCAACGACAACCGCAGCUACACGGACACGAACGACUCGCAGAAGCUCAGCAACCACGAGAUCGCGGCGCUGAGGGCGCAGGGCGUCAACGGGUCGGCGCUCAUCGCGAAGCUCGUCGAGAAUUCAGACACAUGGGACACCAAGACCGAGUUUUCCAAGCAAAAGUACCUCAAGAAGAAGCAGCAAAAGUACAUGCCGCGCAUCCAAAUGGUUCGCUGCACGGCAAUUGCCCUCUGCGACGUGUACCACUCGCGCCAACCGGCCAAGAUCCUCAACCUUCGCUACGACAUCAUUGGCCAAAUUCUCAGCUACGGCAACAUAUAUGCAGGUGCCCAAGUGUUGCUGGUCGAGACGUGUAUGGGGCUCAUCACCGGUGCCAUUGCCGAGCGUAUGUUGGGCCGUGGCCAUUUGCUGGCCGGGUACGAAGGCCAGCAAGCAUCAGUGGAUACAGUUCGGCGAUUCAAUUUCGACCAACAAGUGAACGACAGCAUCGUCUACUUUCCGUUCCAUUACAUUGGUCAACUGGACCAAGACGAAGCAACGCUGGUCGCGACCGAGUCGACUGCGUACGAGGUUGCCCGCUCCACGCCCGACGAAAUCGACGCGCGCAAGGCCGAAGUGGCGGCUCAAGUGUCGAUGUACACGGACGAGGAGCAAAAAAAAUAUCUCCAAAAAAAAGAACUGCGCAAACUCAAACAGCGCCAAGCCAAGCCGAAAAAGUCGCCCACUGACAUCCGCACCUUGUUGCGCACGCCGUCCGACAGUUUGGUGAUUGUAAGCCACUACGACCCGCUGGCAAUGCUGCUGCAGCUGCUGCCCAACCUCGGUCUAUCCCGACCGUUUGUCGUGUACUGCGAGUACCUGGAGCCCCUCACAAGUGCCUUUGACGCCCUGCAACGGAUGGAUUCCAUCAUAAAUUUGCAACUAAACGACACGUGGACGCGCGAGUACCAGAUUUUACCGGGACGAACGCACCCCGAGAUGACGAUGAGUGCAGGCAGUGGGUACCUCCUCUCGGGGAUCAAAGUGGAGGCGACGCCCGCCCCCGCCCACUUGGCCGACCUGAAAGUGCUGCCUCGACGCACCAACGCCAAGAAGCCACGUGUCACGCGGGAUUAAAAAAAGAAUCACAUAGAAAUGUGAGUAGAGUAUUGGGCUUAUAUUUCUCAUAUCGGCUGCAAUAUAGUAGUAUAUGCGGGGAAG